GAAUCUGUGACGAACUCCCUGUUCGCCACCCGUAAACUUUAGUGGGCCACCCUCGUAAUGAUGGGUAUAUCCGGGUAGUCCAAGACGUAAAGUCAAGCAAUAUCAACACGCAAUCUAAGCUAGAAGUUACUCAAGGGAGCAGUGGAAGCAUUCACGAGGAUGGCGCAGUUACUUAUUUCAUGUUUUUCGGUUGUGCUUUUGUGUGUGACGUGGAUUGCAACAAGUACAGGAGAAGACGUCUUAGAUAACCUGGGUGUGGAAGCCCACCCGUUUCAAGAGGAGGGUCCAUUACAAGAUGACUUCAGACAUGAUAACAGUACGGGAAAUGUAAAUGAUGAGAGAGAUGUCGCUGAAAAUGUUGUGACUGGCGAUAGUCCUUUUAUCCUACACAAUACUACUGAUGGGCAAGAUAUUCCAGCUACAGAGGUGGAAAGCCAAAGUGAUGGAGAGAAGAUACAGGAGAGUGCAGCACAAUCUAGGUCAGAUGGAGAGGAUGCAGAAGAUGUUCUUGAUGCACUUAGUGAUGAUGUUGAGGAACAUGCUGAGGUAGAUGAACCAAAGUGGAAUAAAACUGAUGGGGAAAGGGGAGAGCUGAAUACAGCUCAGUCUUCAGCAGGUUCUCAGAAAGACAGCCUUGACCUUUUUAAACCUAACAACAGCUCAAAGAAACUGGAAGAACAAGCAAAAGAAGUUUCUAAUGACAAAGCAGAUGAACAGACAGUGACACCUCAUAGUAUCAAAGACAUUCUUGACCUGUUGGACAUGGAUGACGAUCCAGAAGACAUCAGCAAUGAUGAGUCAGAAACAGGGAUAAAACGGCCAGAAAUCUCAGAAAAUGUGGAAAAUGCUUACAACUUGCAAGACAAAGACAAGGAAAGACAACAAAACAUAUCUGAAUUUGUGGAUAGGUCUGCUUUCACACCAGCAGAUACUACGCAAACUGAUUAUAACAAGUAUUUCAAUAAAAUUGAUGGAGAAGGUGGAGAUCAAGAGGAAGAUUACGAAGAUAGCGAUACUGAGUCUGAGGACUUUCAGGAGGAGUAUGCAGAUUACUUUUCUGAUGAUGAUGAAGGGGAUGAUAGCAUUAAUCUUGGUGAUAAUGAUGAUGAAAAGAACAAUGAUCGCAAAGAUGAGAGUGCUGAACGAAAGACAGAGUCAUCAGUGGAAGAUGCAAAACUGGCAGCUUUUGUAAGUUCUCACCUUCUUUCAGAGAUCCCGUCUAAUACAACAGGUAAUCAUCAGUCAGAGGAUUAUGAGGACGAGGAGGAGGAUAAUAUCAGUAAAGAGAGUGAAGAGAAUGCUGACAAAGGUGAGUUACAGAAAGGCAAGGACACUGAAGAAAACAUUCCCCAGACUGAAAACCAAAAGGAAGAGAAAGUGAAUGACAACGAUGAUGAUGAUGAUGAUGAUGAUGCCAAUGAAGAAGAUGAUUAUCAUCGAAUACCAGAUUAUGGAGCCGGUGGAAAUUAUGAAGAGGAUGACUGGUACUAUGACCCACUAAGAAAUGGUGCAUAUGCUGACAAAACAACCCAGGAAACUCCAAAUGACAAUAACCGAAAGACAGGUGUCUCGCCUCAUGUUGGUGUGGCAGAGACAAAUGAAGGUGGUCUUGCAGCUCAUGACAUUCAACCAAAGAAGCAGUUAGCUGGUCCUACUGGGAUGAUUCUUCUGUAUACUGCUCUUAUUGUGCUGUUCAUUGCAGGCAUUGUUGUUAUUACUGUCUGGAAACAACCAUUUCACGGAUGGCUUAGGACAAGAGGAUUACCAAGCAAAGGUGUUCUGCCAGCAGACGAAGGGAAGCGGCUCUUGGAUCAUCCAUUUGUUUAAAUCUUCCAUUUUCAAUUUUCACAAUUUAAGUUAUUUUUUCCAAGAUCGCUACAUGACUAUCUCUUUUACAUUUGUCACCAGAUGUCAAUAUUAUUUACCACUUUCAUGUUUGAGAGGGCAGAGAGAAGGUAGUCUUAGAAAAAUAAAUCUAAAUUUUGAUGAGUUCAUAUAUAUGUAUAUAGCAUAUAAACAUCAUGGUAUAUUUUUACACAAGACUGAUUUUAUCACAUGUAUUCUAUAGCAUAAAAUUAUGGUAUUUUGAUUGAUAUUUUUUUUGGUAGAAAUUCACAAUUAGAAUCUCUUGUUCCUCUUUGGAUAAACAAAUGAAUUUUAUAACCUUCUGCCUGAUUAUGUUUGUUAACCAAGUUAUUAUGGACAUUUACGCUUUAAAAUUUUUUUAAUAUGUUAUUAUGGUAAUGCCAUUUUUGAAUCUCGUUCUAUCUGCUUUUAUUAAGUUUGACACAGCUUUGUGCUGGCCUAAAUGGCAUGAUUUUCUUGUGGUUAUUAUGGUCAUUUCCAAAAGAUUGACAGUUUUUACUAUUUUCCCAAUUUUCUUUCUGUCCCUCAGUUUUCAGAUCUGUUUUUUUUUUUUUAUUUUGUCAGGCUUGUGUGUUCCUUCUUACCAUGACUGCCUUUUUUUUUUCCACUGAGGGCGCAAUUUAGCGUGAGGGAUCUCUUCCAUUGUAUAUAUUUCUUGCUACUGAAAGAACUUGUGAUUUAAAAAUAUAAUCGUGUUAACUAUAUUCUUGAUUUACAGAGUUUCAGAUAUUUCACAGAUUGUUAUUUAAAGAUGUAAUACUUAACGUGUCUUUGUCACUUCAUUACCAACUGUUAAUCUCUUUCAUUCACACAAAAUAAGCCAGAAACAGAAGUUUACUGUGGAGAACAGUUGGUGAGUAAUUAGGUGAAUAAAAUAAGAAGCAGAUGAAUUGAAUCAAACCCCUAACAAAACAUUUUAGAAGGGUUCAUCUGACUAAAGAAGCAUAAACUUUAUAUUUUGGUGCAGAAAAGCAAAUUUGAACUCAGGAAAAUUAUGACAUUUGUCCAGGAUGUGCUUUGGAAUCUGAGUGGUUUUAAGUUUAUUUUAAUCGGUUAAUCAGCCAUUGGCAAAGAUAGUGGCAAGCUUAUUUAAUUGGUUAAUCAGCCAUUGGCAAAGAUAGUAGCAAGCUUAUUUAAUUGGUUAAUCAGCCAUUGGCAAAGAUAGUAGCAAUCUUACAUGAUUAAAACAGUAAGAUGAUAACAAAUUACAUUUUUGUCCAAGGCUAUGCACAUUGAUCUCAUUGUUCCUUCCAAGUCCACAUCCAGACCCAAACAGUUGAAAUGAAAGUAUUUACAACAUCAGCCUUUCAGUUUAAAAGAAAGUUAAUUACUGUGCUUUGUAUCAUAAUAUUGUCCCAGACUGCUAGCUCAGAAUUUGAUCAUGUUUUCCAUUCAUUGCAUUUUUUUAUUUACAGCAUCUUCAUUAACAUCACACCUUAAUGAUAAUGUCCAGAAAACAUUCCCAGAAGUAUUAGAACCAAUGCAAAGGUAAUUUUAGCAACAUAGCCUUUUAUUCAUUACUCAACAUGGCUGCUAUCACCAGCAGAACCUCAGAGGGCUGUUUUGUAUGCUUGUAAAUUUUUGAAGCCUGAUGGUUUAUGCACAUGACUGUAAAGUGAAAGGUCACCGGUUCGAGGCCUGUUUAGGCUUGUGGCUAGCAUAAUUCCCCCUGCCAUCCCACAGCUUCUUGGCCAAAAUGAGUACCUGAUUUAUCAGCGAAAGUAAAGGGGGAAGAAUGAGAACAUUGGGCUUUAUCUUCCGCCUGCUGUGCCCUAGUCACAGUGAACCAUUUUCAUUCACAGCCCCUAUAACCAAGAGGCUAUAGAACUCUUUAACUUGCCUUUUCUUGUGGGAAAAUAUUAACUACGACAAAAAGGCAGAAAGUCUAUGUUGUAAGAAAUUUUGUUUGUUCAAAAAAAAAAAUAUAGGAAUAAAGUGCAUUUUUUUGUAGCUGCUAAUCUUUUUAUUCUUAUACAAUAUGCAAAGGCUGCAGUUAUCCAAAAGAUCACACAGUAUUUAGAGAAUCAUGAACUUGUAUUACUGGACUGCUUGCAAACGAGUAUUUAAUAUUUUUCUUUUUAAGUGGUUUUUCUUACUGUUCUUAAAAAUCUGUUUUGACCUUGUUUUCUGUGACCACAAUUUAAACUUACAGUGCCAGGUAUAUUUAUAGUACAACACCCAAUUGUUAAACAAAUCUGAACGUUUCUAAUACUGUAAUAGACUUUGCUCUCCCCAGAACAGUGCUUCGCUCAGCUUUGAUACACCUAUACUUCAAAUCAUGCAACAUAUUUGAAUUAGUUUUUGCCAUACAGAUUUUGUAUUUUUGUUACUUUAAAGCUGGAUCAGCAUGGAGUUUGUUUCAUAUCCUGUGGAAUCUUUUGAAAUUUAAUAUACGUAAGCCAUUAUGGUUUCAGUAUCAUUGUUUUUAGCAUUAUCAUUAAUAUUGAUAUCAGCUGCAGCAUGGGCAGAAUAACCUUAUCAUCACUACCACACCAUACUGUUGAUGCUGUUGUUGGCUUUGGCUUUUUCUGAAAGUGUUGUGAAAUUAUACAGUUUUAUGCUGUCCUUGCAUAACGAAAAAGAAAAAAUACUACUGUCUGUGAUAAAUAUUUUUAGCUAUUUUGAUGCAUCUUACUUAUGCAAAAUCAUGCAUGAUAAAUUUUUCUAUGAUCAAGCUGCUUACAUGCAUGUCUGUACAAAAUCCUUAUAAGUAUUUGCAUGUCAAAUUUUGCCGUGCAUGUUCAUUUACAAUCUCCACAGGAUAUGCCUGGAAAGGAGGAUCAGGCCAAACAUAAAAUAGUCUUACUGUGCUGUUUUCUUACAAUUGUUAUUAGUACAAAGGAUACUAAAGUUUAUGCAUAUGUAUGUACUUACGUAAACACUCUUGUAUUACAUUGGGUUGAAGUUUGCAAAGUGUUCAGUCAACCCUCUGUGUAUUAUUGUUGCAUUUUCAUAUUUACUAAAGUACUUAAGCCUGUGGGUGGCACAAAGGGUUCACAAUGGAUGGUAAAACACCUGCACACUGGUUUGGUUACUCAAUAAAGUUUUUUAAAGGGUAAA